AACAGUGACAACCAUGACUGAAAGACAUACAAUGUACUUAGCCGGGAGUAUCACUGGAGGGAGAAAGUAUGCUGAUUUAUAUCAACGAAUUGUUGAAAAGUUAAAGACAUACGGCAACGUUUUGACGGAACAUGUGGCAAACCCAACAGUUGAAGCCGAUGAAGACGACGCGGGAUUAACUGACGUUUUCAUACAUAAUAGGGACAUGGACUGGCUAUAUGAAUGUGACGUCAUUGUUGCUGAAGUAACACAGAAGUCUUUAGGAGUGGGAUACGAGAUUGGAAGAGCGGUUGCUCUCAACCCCUAA